AGCCCACUCCCCACAAAUUGCCGUUUCCUUAUUUCCCGCCUUUCCUUUGGUGGGGUGCCUGACACGGCUUGCUUGUAGCUCAGCCCCGAGUCCCCGUCCCGCUUGCUGCUUGGGUUCGCCUUUCUCGCCUAGAGCGGUAUUGUGCUUCUGGGAGCAGCAGGGAGUUUGCCUUCGUUAGAAUCACGCAGGGACGAUGCCUCCUAAGGGGAAGAAGGAGGCUCCAGUCGAGAGGCCGAUCCUCGGUAGAUUCUCCUCGCAUCUUAAGAUCGGUAUUGUCGGUCUUCCCAAUGUCGGCAAGUCGACGCUGUUCAACACGCUCACCAAGCUCUCCAUCCCCGCUGAGAACUUCCCCUUCUGCACCAUCAACCCCAACGAGGCUCGCGUGAACGUGCCUGACGAGCGCUUCGACUGGCUCUGCCAGCUGUUCAAGCCCAAGAGCGAGGUGUCCGCUUUUCUGGAGGUGAACGACAUCGCGGGGCUGGUCCGUGGGGCCAACGAAGGGGAGGGGCUGGGCAAUGCUUUCCUCUCGCACAUCCGAGCCGUUGAUGGCAUCUUCCACGUGUGCCGUGCGUUCGAUGAUGCGGACGUCAUCCACGUGGAGGACACGGUGGAUCCGAUCCGGGACCUGGAGAUCAUCCACAACGAGCUGCGGCUGAAAGACAUCGAGUUCAUGGAGCGCGCCAAGGAGGACUACGAGAAGCAGCUCAAGCGCAGCAACGACAAGCAGCUCAAGAUCGACCACGAGCUGUGCUUGAGGGUGCUGGCGCAUUUGAACGAGGGUAAGGACGUGCGCCUGGGUGAGUGGAAGGCGGUCGACAUCGAGGUGCUCAACACCUUCCAGCUGCUCUCUGCCAAGCCCGUCGUCUACCUGGUCAAUCUGACCGAGAAGGAUUACCAGCGUAAGAAGAACAAGUGGCUUGCAAAAAUCCACGGCUGGGUGCAGGAGCAUGGGCAGGACCCAAUCAUCCCCUUCAGUGGAGUGUUGGAGUCCAAGCUAGCUGACAUGCCGGCAGACGAGGUUGCCAAGUACUGCAAGGAGAAUGAGAUCCAGAGUGGCCUUCCCAAGAUUAUCAAGACUGGCUUUGCUGCCAUCAACCUCAUCUACUUCUUCACUGCUGGGCCUGACGAGGUCCGAUGCUGGCAGAUUCGCAAGCAGACCAAGGCACCGCAAGCAGCAGGGGCCAUCCACACAGACUUUGAAAAGGGCUUUAUCUGUGCUGAGGUGAUGAAAUUCGAAGAUUUAAAAGAGCUUGGAUCGGAAUCUGCAGUCAAGGCUGCUGGCAAGUACAAGCAAGAAGGGAAGACAUAUGUGGUUCAGGAUGGCGACAUCAUCUUCUUCAAGUUUAAUGUCUCUGGAGGUGGCAAGAAGUAGGACAUAUUGAUAGCAAUGAAACUAUUUGGUGAUAUUUGUAAUGUGUGAAGGCAUUUUUGGGCAAAUCAGAGUACCUUCUACAAGAGCCUCAUUGUUGACGAAGCUGACUGUGGAGUG